CAGCCCACAGUAUGAUAUAGUCUUUCAAAUGAGAGUUUAGAUUAGACAAAUUGUUAUUGCGUUUCAGAAUUUACUCGAGAUUACUACACAUCUCUUACAUAUUCAUAUUGUAGAUUAUUCCACAACAAAAUAUUAAAAUGUUCCGAACUAGCUUGAGAACUGUACGUAUCGCUUUAGGAAGCAAGGCUUUUGCGAAUGCACCGGCUCGAGAACAAGCGGUCUCAACAGCCUUCAAAGUUCAAGAUCCGAAAGAUUUCAAUGAUCGCGUUAAGAACUCCAAAGUGCCUGUUAUUGUCGAUUUUUUCGCAACGUGGUGUAAUCCAUGUCGGAUGCUCACUCCUCGCAUAGAAUCGGUAAUUGCGGAAAAACAAGGGAAAGUUUUGCUGGCGAAGGUUGAUAUCGAUGAAAAUAGUGAUCUUGCUUUGGAUUACGAGGUUGGUUCCGUUCCAGUUCUGAUUGCAAUGAAGGAUGGAAAAGUAUUAGACAGAAUUGUUGGUCUUCAAGAUGUAGAUAAACUUAAACAAUUUGUAGACAAGUAUUCAGAAUAAUGUAAUUUACUUUAAGUGUAAUUUUGUUAUGGAGUAUUUGUAGUUAUUGAGAUAUUUGUAUAUCGUAUGCUUAUAAGUGUAUAGUACAAUAUAUAAUUUUUUAUUU